AUGAGCAAAGCCGUCGGUAUCGAUUUGGGGACCACCUACUCGUGUGUCGCCCGUUUUGCCAACGACAGAUGUGACAUCAUUGCCAACGACCAAGGUAACAGAACCACCCCGUCGUUCGUCGCCUUCACCGACACCGAAAGAUUGAUCGGUGAUGCCGCCAAGAACCAGGCCGCCAUGAACCCGGCCAACACCGUGUUCGACGCCAAGCGGUUGAUUGGGCGUAAGUUUGACGACCCCGAAGUGCAAAACGACGCUAAGCACUUCCCCUUCAAGGUCAUCAACAAGGCCGGCAAGCCCGCCAUUCAGGUUGAGUACAAGGGCGAAACCAAGGUGUUCUCCCCUGAAGAAAUCUCGUCGAUGGUGUUGGGCAAGAUGAAGGAGACCGCUGAAGCCUUCAUUGGCGGUAAGGUGUCUGACGCCGUCGUCACUGUCCCCGCUUACUUUAACGACUCGCAAAGACAAGCCACCAAGGACGCUGGUUUGAUUGCUGGUCUUAACGUGUUGAGAAUCAUUAACGAACCCACUGCUGCUGCCAUUGCCUACGGUUUGGACAAGAAGGGCAACACCAAGGGUGAACAGAACGUGUUGAUCUUUGACCUUGGUGGUGGUACUUUCGAUGUUUCGUUGUUGGCUAUCGAAGACGGGAUCUUCGAAGUCAAGGCCACCGCCGGUGACACCCACUUGGGUGGUGAAGAUUUCGACAACCGUUUGGUCAACCACUUCAUCCAAGAGUUCAAGCGCAAGAACGGCAAGGACAUCUCCACCAACCAGAGAGCGUUGAGAAGAUUGAGAACCGCCUGUGAACGGGCCAAGAGAACCUUGUCGCUGUCGGCCCAGACCUCGAUCGAAAUCGACUCGUUGUACGAAGGUAUCGACUUCUACACUUCGAUCACCAGAGCCAGAUUCGAAGAAUUGUGUGGUGACUUGUUCAGAGCCACCAUGGAACCCGUGGAAAAGGUGUUGAAGGACUCGAAGAUCGACAAGUCGCAAGUCAACGAAAUUGUCCUUGUCGGUGGUUCCACCAGAAUCCCCAAGAUCCAAAAGUUGGUCACUGACUUCUUCAACGGUAAGGAACCCAACAAGUCGAUCAACCCCGACGAAGCCGUCGCCUACGGUGCCGCUGUGCAAGCCGCCAUCUUGACCGGUGACACCUCGUCGCUGACCCAAGACUUGUUGUUGUUGGACGUCGCCCCCUUGUCGCUUGGUAUCGAAACCGCUGGUGGUAUCAUGACCACUUUGAUCCCCAGAAACUCAACCAUCCCCACCAAGAAGACCGAAACCUUCUCCACUUACGCUGACAACCAACCCGGUGUGUUGAUCCAAGUGUUCGAAGGUGAAAGAGCUAAGACCAAGGACAACAACUUGCUUGGUAAGUUCGAAUUGUCGGGUAUCCCCCCCGCCCCCAGAGGUGUGCCUCAAGUUGAAGUCACCUUCGACAUGGACGCUAACGGGAUCUUGAACGUCUCCGCCUUGGAAAAGGGUACCGGUAAGACUCAAAAGAUUACCAUUACCAACGACAAGGGUAGACUCUCGCCAGAGGAAAUCGAACGGAUGGUGGCUGAAGCCGAAAAGUACAAGGAAGAAGACGAAGCCGAAGCCGCUAGAGUCGGUGCCAAGAACGGUCUUGAAUCCUACGCUUACUCGUUGAAGAACACCAUCAACGACGGCGAAUUGAAGGACAAGAUUGACGCUGGCGACAAGCAGACCCUCGAAAAGGCCAUUGACGAAACCAUCUCGUGGUUGGACGGUGCCCAAGCCGCCACCAAGGAAGAAUACGCCGACCGCCAAAAGGAAUUGGAACUGGUGGCCAACCCCAUCAUGACCAAGGUCUACGGUGGCGCCGGUGCCGGUGGUGUGCCUGGUGGCAUGCCCGGCGGUGCUCCCGGUGGUGCCGCUGGUGGUGCCUCCGAAGGCCCCUCGGUGGAAGAAGUCGAUUAA